CCACACGCGACCGCGGCGGGCCUAAUAUUUCGAGCUGCUGUCUAAGGCGGCCAUUCCACCCUCUUGCGACCCGACACAGCACCCUCGUGCGCCCAAUCCUCUUCUCAAAGGACCAAGAAACCCCCCUCCUUGCGCCCCGAUCGAAGCCAGCGACAAACACAAAGCCCAGGUAAAAACCCGCCCGUCGCCAAGAUGGUGAGGCUCACGGCGGACCUGAUCCAAAACUCCCUCUCGUACCUCAACCCGCUCAAGGAGAGGGAGCUUGACCUCCGAGGUCACAGGAUACCGACCAUUGAGAACCUGGGUGUCGCCGGCCCACAAGACGCCAUCGACUUCACCGACAAUGACAUCCAGAUCCUCGGCAACUUCCCGCUGUCCCCGCGGAUACAGACGCUGCUCCUGGCGCGCAACCGCAUUUCGACCAUCCAGCCCAACCUUCCGAACGCGAUCCCCAACCUGAAGAACCUGGUGCUGGCGUCGAAUCAGCUGGCCGAGCUGUCGGACCUGGACGUGCUGGGCAAGUUUGCGCGCCUGACGCAGCUGGUGCUGGCGGACAACCCCGUCACGAAGAAGGAGCACUACCGGUAUUGGGUCGUCUGGCAGUGUCCCACGGUGCGGUUCCUCGACUACCAGAAGGUCAAGCAGGCGGAGCGGGAGAAGGCCACCGAGCUGUUCGGCACGGCGGAAGAGCCCACGGAGCUGGCUUCAAAGAUCAAGGGCAUCAAGUCCCAGACAUUCAACGUCUCCGCGACGAAUGGAGAGGCUGCUGGCGGGUCGAAGAUGAAGCGCCUGAAGCUCACAGACAAGGAGAAGCAGAGGCUUCAGGAGAGGAUCAAGAAGGCCAGCAGCCUGGAGGAGAUUAUACGGUUGGAAAAGGAGCUGGAGGAAGGCCGUUUGCCCGCUGGUAUUAUGGCCGACGAUGCCAUGGAGGAAUAAGCCAGGUUUCUCUAUUAUUUGUGUUGGGGACAUAUCAUGCGGCUGUGGAAGGGCUGGGGGCAACUUGCUUUCCACACCCAAGCUUGUGUCGGCGCAAUGGGUUUCGAAGUCUGCAAAGACGGCUCUUUGAUUGAGCGCUCGUUUCGCACCUCAUCGCACAGGAUCCAAGGCUGCCGUGUAGGCCAGAGAGGGUCUGCAUUUGCAUUUGCAUUUGCAUU